AUGGGGGUGGUAAAAGAUGGGACGAUAUCUGGGUUUCUUCCGAGCACCCAAGCUUUCGGUGUGCACUAUCCGGGUUAUCCUUCCUCCAUGUCUCGAGCCAUUGACACACUAGGCGGCACCCAAGCCAUCCACAAGGCUCACAGUUCAGCCUCCAACAACAACAGGUUGGAGCUCCGGUUUCGGCACGACGACCCCUAUUCGCAUCCUGCAUUUGGAGACCUUCGUCCCUGCAACUCUUUUCUCCUUAAAAUAUCCAAAUCCAAGUCCGAAACUGAUCAAGUAGACCUCUGCGCUGAUAUUGUUGCUCAUGUCCCGGAGGCUUAUCACUUUGAUGGAAUGGCGGACUACCAGCAUGUCAUUGCUGUUCAUGCUGAUGUUGCACGCAACAGAAAGAGAAAUAGGGUCGAAACUGAGGAGCCACACUCUGACAGAGGCGGUCUUAUGGAUAUUGAUCAGGAGGAUGUGAUGAUACUCCUGCCCCAGCUUUUUGCACCCAAAGAUGUUCCAGAUAAUUUAGUGUUGAGACCAUCAGGGACAUUGAGUGUGAAAAAGAAUCAAGAAGAGCCUGUGCAGCACCAAUUGGAGAUGGAUAUGGAGCCAGUUCUUGCAAUUGACUUUGGAAUCAGUGAGAUUCCUAAGAGAACAAACUGGGAGGAAUAUAUACCUCAAGAUUCAGAUCAGUGGGAGUCACAGAUGGCUGUGUCUAGCCUGUUUGAUGAGCGGCCAGUGUGGCCAAAGGAUUCAGUAACUGAACGAUUGCUUAAUAAGGGCUUUAUAUUUUCAGAUCAUAUGCUGAGAAGGCUUCUUUCGAGAGUUGCAUACUACUUUUCACGUGGACCAUUUCUUAGGUUCUGGAUAAAAAAAGGUUUUGAUCCUCGGAAAGAUCCUGAUUCUCGCAUAUACCAGAAAAUUGAUUAUCGAGUAAAACCACCAUUACACGGGUAUUGUGAGGCCAAUUCAGCUAAUCAACUAAAGCAUAAAUGGAGUGAUUUAUGUGCAUUUCGAGUGUUUCCUUACAAGUGCCAUACAACAUUGCAACUAUUCGAACUUGAUGAUGAUUACAUUCAAGAGCAGAUAAGAAAGGCUCCAGCACAGACAAUGUGCUCUCCGGAGACAGGAUGGUUUUCAUAUAACUUGCUUGAGAACUUGAAAUAUCGUGUUCAGGUGAGGUUCCUAUCUGUAUACCCAAAACCGGGUGCAGAGUGCUUGCUUAAAGCUGCUACUGAAAGCUUUAGAAAGUCAAAGAAGAUAUGCAAUAAAGACAACUUAGUGCGUGAUGAAAUGGUCCAGCAACAAACCAAUGCAGAGCUUACAGGCGAUGUAGCUGCUGAGGAACCCAACAAUGUUGAAGAUGAUGAGGAAGAUGAUAUUGAGGUUGAUAAUGGUGAAGAAACAUUAGAUACAUAUGGUGGACAUGAUCUGGUUGAGGAUGGUGAAAUUUCUUUGCAGCCUCAUUCAUAUCUUAACAUGGACAACAUCUCAAGAACUCAUUUACAGGAGCUUUUUGGUAGUUUUCCAUCCCCUGAAGCAAGGGGUGAUAGAAUACAAGAUGCAUACACCAGUGAUGAAGAAUACCAGAUUUAUGAGCAAGAUAGUGACGGCAACUUCUCUGAUGAAAACUAGUGCUCAUUACUAAGCGUGGUUCUUUCCCUUCAUGGAAUCCCAAUUCGCAAGCGCUUGAUAGUUUUGGAGUUUUCUAACACUGUAAUGAUGAUCAUCAGUUGCUGCUGAGAUAUACCAUCUGCAUGUGCUGAAGCAAUGCAAUUUCAUUGGCAGCUCCUCAACAUUUCAAAUUUCGGCAUACAUGCUUCCAUGAGAAGGCCUUGGCUUGGAAUUGAUUGAACAUAGAUGACUAUUUUUGGGGCAGCUAUAAUGUAAAAUUAGAGACAAAACUCAACAUAAACAUUAAUGUAUAGGUAGAUUAGUUAACAAUGGUGAUCAAAGUUUCUCAUUUCUAUUCUUGAGCAACUGUUUUAUAUGAGCUAUAAUAUAAAGUUCUCAACUGAAUGGUUGUAUUUAACAUUGAUACACGAUUGAAAUUGAACUAUGGUAAAAACAACUUG